AACAAGCAGAAAUGGCGUCGCAAAACAACAUGGAUCCUCCACUUUGUGCAAAGGGUUGCGGAUUUUACGGUUCUCUGGAAAACAAGAACAUGUGCUCAAAAUGCUAUGUUGAUUAUCUAAAACAAGAACUGAUCGCCCAGUCAGUCAUGGCAUUUGAAGUACUUAAGAAUUCAGUUACUACUACACCUACUCCUCUACCAAACUCAUCAUCUCUACUUGAUGACCAUCCUAGCCCGACGGUGACGGUUUCUGGUACCAACGGUUUGAAUAGUACGGGAUCAACUACAACUACUACUACAAGAAUCAGGUGCCCCUGCUGUAAUAAAAAGUUGGGACUGCUGGGAUUUCACUGCUACUGUGGUGGUGUGUUUUGUGGAGAGCAUCGCUACCCCGAAAAACACUCGUGCGGUGUGGAUUUGAAGACAGCUGGAAGGGAGGUUUUGGCCAAGCAAAACCCGCUUUGCAAGGGUGAUAAGAUGCAGCAUAGAAUUUAA